AAGUUGCUUAGUGGUUUCCGGGGUUAGGAAGGGGCGUAUCUUGGAGAUGUUGUGGAGGUUGGAGAUGUUGCGGAGGUUGGAGAUGUUGUGGAGGUUGGAGAUGUUGCGGAGGUUGGAGAUGUUGCGGAGGUUGGAGAUGCUGCAGAGGUUGGAGGUGUUGCGGAGGUUGGAGAUGUUGCGGAGGUUGGAGAUGAUGCGGAGGUUGGAGAUGUUGCGGAGGUUGGAGAUGUUGCGGAGGUGAAGUCUACAAGAUUUGGACAGUGAUUGGAUUUGGGGGGUGAAAGGACAGAUGGGAGUCUAGGAUUACACCUAGUGC